GCCCAGCUAUUUCCUCAGCGCCCUGACUUUUCUCAGCCUCCUCUCCCCUUCCCUCCUCAGCGCCAUGCGGCUCCCUCCCUGCGUCCUGCUGCUCCUCGGGCUCGCUGAGGCGCUACGAGGGGCCGGCGCCUCAGGUCUUCUUGAGCUCUCCCUGGGAAAAUUCAGAAAUGUGCUACUUAAUCAGACCAAUCCAGUAGAAGCUGUAAUCAGGAAUAUUGCAAGCAAUGUGACAGUUGUUAUUUUUCAAGUACAUGCACAGCAAAACAGCGUGGUGAUAUCCUUUGACAAGAAUCCAUCUGCAAACAGCUCAGGAACUGGAGUAGACAAAGGACUGAUUUCUAUCCUCCAGCCUCAACAGACUGUGUGUUCAUGGUACCUUCAGUCACUGGAUGCUAACCAGGUGCUAAGCACAGCUAUCUCCAUUCCAUAUAUGGAGAAAGAUCCUAUACCUGGAGGCUGCAAUCUAGAAUUUGACUUGGAAGUGGAUCCCAACAUUUACCUAGACUAUACCUUGGUUGAUACACACAUCAAGUUUGCUCCUGCAAACUUGGGAUAUGCUAGAGGAGCAAAUCCACCAGCCUGUGAUUCAGGGACUGGUCAGAACUCCAGAUGGCGGCUGCGCUAUGAUGUCUACCAGUACUUCUUACCAGAGAACAACCUUUCUGAUAUGGUACUCAUGAGCCACAUACGGAAGAUGUCUGAGGUGCAAAGUAUCAAAGCUAAUGGUGUUAAAAUGCUUACGUUGACGACUGAUGAUAAGACCAGUGUCUACUUUUCCUCACUCCCCGGGCAAGGUGUGAUCUACAAUGUCAUAGUAUGGGAUACUCUUUGGAAUAGUUCUGCUGCAUACAUACCUGUGCACACGUAUGCCUGCAGCUUUGUUGACCUAGUGGAUAACUGCUCUUCUCUCAGCAAACUCUCUACCAAAAUAUUUUUCACUGUUCUUGCUGUUCUUGGCCUCUUCACUUGCUUUUUUGGACACAGAUUCUGGAAAACAGACUUAUUCUUCAUGGGCUUCAUAAUCACAGGAUUUUUCUUCUUUGUAUUCAUCACUAGGGUAACUGGCCUUGGUUAUGAUGUGCGUCUUAUUUUGACAGCAGUAGCUGGGAUUAUUGGAGGGCUUUUGCUGGUUGCAAGCUGGUGGAGAUUUGGCUCUGUCCUACUCUGUGUGUUGCUUAUUGGACUGGUGCUGGGAUUUCUCUUCUCAUCAAUGGUCUUCUUUUCUCCACUAGGAGACUACAGGGUCUUCCGGGAUGAUGUUGUGUUCUGGGUGACCUUUUCUUCCGUAGCCUUGAUGAUUCCAGUGCUUUUUGUUGGCUGUCCAAGAAUUCUGAACUUACUGGCCUGUGGAAUAGUAGGCUCUUAUUCAGUGGUCCUAGCUAUUGCCUGUUAUGUCUACACAAGUCUUGCUUACAUCACCUUAGACCUACUCAGAAGGAUCCUCAAUGAUUACUUCAGCAGAGCCUACACAAAUGUGCCUUUUCAAACAAAUGACUUUAUUAUCCUGGCAGUGUGGAUAAUGCUGGCCCUCAGUGGAGUAACUGUGCAGCUUCGUCGAGAGAGAAGUGAAGUGCCCUUCCCACCACACCCUUAUCUCAUCUGGAAACGGGAAAGGGAGCGCAGAAGCACAAAUAUCUUAGACCCUAGCCAUCACAUCCGUCCCUUAAGAGAGAGGAUACAUAGCAAGCUGCUGCAGAUUAAAGAGCUUUUUCAGAAAGAGCAGUCAGCUGGGGAAAGAACUCCAUUGCUUCUGUAACCUGCUAAAGAACUGGUGAGAACAGGAAGAAUUUGGGCAAGAUGACUGAUCACCAGCAAACCAGCCAGCUUGUCCUGCUUAAUUGGAGGAUGAUGCUUCUUCAACUCAGAAGGAAAGUUAUCUGUCCUGUACACUACAUGCUGUUUUGUGACUUUCCACAACAGCCCACCUAGACCGCUGUUACAAGCGUAUAUGUCUAGCUGCAGAGAUCCUGUAAAAAAGGUCAUGUACAGGUAUUUAUCUUGUGGUGAGCUAGUACAAUGUUUAAGCACAUGAAAUAUCAAACAGCUUUGAAAGUAGCCUGUACGGCAUUGGUUCUUCCCUUGCAGCAUGAAGAUGGCUUGCCAAAAUGUUGUCUGACUUGCUCCCAAAGGUGAGCAGUCUGCCAUCUUGCAAGGGAAGAAAGACAAGGGCCAUACGCAGAAGGGGUUCUUCUAGCAGGAACUGAAGUAUCUUCUAAUAGGUAGAGAAUGUGUGGCUGCAGACAGUUGUUUCCAAGAAGUAUUACUGAACCUUGCAAGCUAUAUUAAGUGACUUGAAUUUAAACUGCACUGAAUUAACUUUAAGUGAGCAUACUGGGGCUCAGGAAGUGGAGCUGAUCUAAGACCUUCUCUUUCAGUGGGUUCUGUAGCAAACUAGUCAUCUGGUCUCUAUACAGAGAUGACUGCUAAGAGAACACAAAUGACUUGCCUCCACAGGCUUUCUGACGAGCCUGUGACUUACUUCAGCUAUGGUAUCAUCUUUUAUUGAUAGUGUGCUGUCAUAAGAGAACAACUGGAAUAAGUACUUUAUAGCCAAUGUCAGUCUUUCCUGGGAUUGGCUGAAACACUAUAGUUCUUUUUAAAUAAAUAUAUUUUCUACUUUUUGCCUUUAAGGGGGGUCAAAACAGCAUACUGCAGGCAAAAUACUGAUCAGGAUCCUUGCUGGCUGAAUGUGUUCCUUACCAGCUUUACCUCUGCCCAAACUGGAAUGAAGUGUAAAAACAGAUAAGGGGCCAUUUUUGUGUUCAGUGGAGAAUUGCAUCUUGUUUGGUGGCUUUAUUCACUUCCUUAAAUAAAACAAAGCCAUUUUCAAAAUGCAAACUGGAGCAGUGGGUUUGGCUCACAUGAACGCACUAACAGUUCUGAGGCUGUUGUUGGAUUUUCCCUGCCCACCCCUGGUCUUCACCUUUUAAUGUUUACAUGGUGAUCUGUCGUGCAUUAAACAGUAAUGGAAGUAUUGUAUCCCAUAUCUUGAUAUAGGUUAUGGUGGCUCUUUUUUUUUUUCCCCCUCACUAUCUUUAUGCUUUUAGUGUGGGUAGCAAAGUGGAUGGUCCUUCCUGUGUGGAGGUGAAUGGCUGUUCUGCUACUUGCAUGCUAGUGAGUAACUUUGUGGUAAAACUUCAGUUCUCAGCCACUUUAAAUUCUUGGCAGCAAGUAUAUCAAAAACAACUCUUUGUCAGAAUAGUAGUGGAAAACUUUAUCUGAGGACUUAUUUGAAAGCUAAAACAUUCUAGCAUUAGAAAGGAACUGACUUUAAAGUGACUCAACUUAGUAGACCUUUCUUUAAGGAGUGAAACUUUGUAGCAUGGCAUAGCAUCUGAGGUGACUAAGUUGAUCUGAUGUUUAGAGAGACAAAUCCCAGACUGCUUAGAGCUGGAAUACUUGCCUCAAACAGCUGAGCAAGGCUGAAAUCCUGCAGUUUGGGUCUUGCUUCACUCUGCUGUUGUGUGGUAGAUGAGGGUAAAUGAGGAGCUCCUUUGGCAUCUGGUGGACUGAUGCUUACUGACUGCCCUUACUGCACUGAUACUGAGCAUGUCUGUUGUAUCUACGUAGCAAACACUUAUUUGAUAUACAAGUGCUCUUAAACAUGUUUACCUUGUUUUUAAUAACUGCUGUGAUUAACAUUCUGGAAGAAACAAGUUUAACUCUAAUUCUCUAUAUCUCUUUAUAAUAAAGAUGUCUUUUGAAAUAAUAAUAUAA